GCGCGGGCCACACUCCGGCGCUGUCCAAGGCACCCGCCCAGCACUCAGGCUCUCUGGACAUGGGGCUGCGGUCCCCGGCGCUGAGGCCUCUGCUGGGGCUGUUGCUGCUGCUGCCGCCGAUACUGCCACGGGCGCUGCCCGGGGUGCAGUGCCCCGAGCCCUGCAACUGCCCUCCCGAUGGCGCGCUGCGCUGCCCCGGCCCGCGGGCCGGCCUCACCCGACUAUCACUCACCUAUCUCCCUAUCAAAGUAAUCCCAUCUCAAGCUUUCAGAGGACUUAAUGAGGUCAUAAAAAUUGAAAUCUCUCAGAGUGAUUCCCUGGAAAAGAUAGAAGCUAAUGCCUUUGACAACCUCCUCAAUUUGUCUGAAAUACUGAUCCAGAACACCAAAAACCUGGCCUCCAUCGAGCCUGGAGCAUUUACAAACCUCCCCCGCUUAAAAUACCUGAGCAUCUGUAACACAGGCAUCCGAAAGCUUCCAGAUGUAACGAAGAUCCUCUCCUCUGAAUUUAAUUUCAUUCUGGAAAUUUGUGAUAACUUACACAUCACCACCAUACCAGGAAAUGCUUUUCAAGGGAUGAAUAACGAAUCCAUAACACUCAAAUUAUAUGGAAAUGGAUUUGAAGACAUACAAAGCCAUGCGUUCAACGGGACGACACUGAUUUCCCUGGAGCUAAAGGAAAAUGCGCACCUGGAGAAGAUGCACCAGGGAGCCUUCUGGGGGGCCACGGGGCCUAGCAUCUUGGAUAUUUCUUCCACCAGACUGCAGGCUCUGCCUACCUAUGGGCUGGAAUCCAUUCAUACGCUAAUAGCCACAUCAUCCUAUUCUCUAAAAAUAUUGCCAUCGAGAGAACAAUUUACCAACCUCCUGGAUGCUACACUGACUUAUCCCAGCCACUGCUGUGCUUUCAGAAACUUGCCAACCAAAGAGCAGAAUUUUUCCUUUUCCAUUUUUGAAAACUUUUCCAAACAAUGUGAAAGCACAGCAAGGAAACCAAAUAAUGAAACACUUUAUUCCGCCAUCUUUGCUGAGAGUGAACUGAGUGGCUGGGAUUAUGACUAUGGUUUCUGCUCACCCAAGACACUCCAAUGUGCUCCUGAACCAGAUGCUUUUAAUCCCUGUGAAGAUAUCAUGGGCAAUGACUUCCUCAGGGUCCUGAUUUGGCUGAUUAAUAUCCUAGCCAUCAUGGGAAACGUGACUGUCCUCUUUGUUCUCCUGACCAGUCGUUAUAAACUGACAGUGCCCCGUUUUCUCAUGUGUAAUCUCUCCUUUGCAGACUUUUGCAUGGGGCUCUAUCUGCUGCUCAUUGCCUCAGUUGAUUCCCAAACCAAGGGGCAGUAUUAUAACCACGCCAUAGACUGGCAGACAGGAAGUGGGUGUAGUGCUGCUGGCUUUUUCACUGUAUUUGCAAGUGAACUUUCCGUCUAUACCCUCACGGUCAUCACACUAGAAAGAUGGCACACCAUCACCUAUGCUAUCCAGCUGGACCAAAAGCUACGAUUAAGACAUGCCAUUCCAAUUAUGCUUGGAGGAUGGCUCUUCUCUACUCUAAUUGCCAUGUUGCCCCUUGUGGGUGUCAGCAAUUACAUGAAGGUCAGCAUUUGCCUCCCCAUGGAUGUGGAAACCACCCUCUCACAAGUCUACAUAUUAACCAUUCUCAUACUCAAUGUCAUGGCCUUCAUCAUCAUUUGUGCUUGCUACAUUAAAAUUUAUUUUGCAGUUCAAAAUCCAAAGCUGAUGGCUACCAAUAUAGAUACAAAGAUUGCUAAGAAAAUGGCAGUCCUCAUCUUCACCGAUUUCACCUGCAUGGCGCCUAUCUCUUUUUUUGCUAUCUCAGCUGCCUUCAAAGUACCGCUUAUUACAGUAACCAACUCUAAAGUUUUACUGGUUCUUUUUUAUCCUGUCAACUCUUGUGCCAAUCCAUUUCUGUAUGCAAUUUUCACAAAGGCAUUCCGAAGGGAUUUCUUUCUGUUGCUGAGCAAAUUUGGCUGCUGCAAACGUCGGGCUGAACUUUACAGAAGGAAGGAUUUUUCCAACUACAAAAAUGGCUUCACUGAAUCAAAUAAGCCUUCGCAGUCCACUCUGAAGUUGAGAACAUUGCACUGUCAAUAUACAGUUGUCCUAGACAAGACUCGUUGUAAAAAGUGUUAACUAUUACAUCAGUAACCACGUUAUUGAAUUCUACUUAAAUAUGUAAAACAAUUAUCUGUACCAGUAAUUUUAACAAAGAGGCAGCUUUAGGAAAUUAUUUAUUCUUAGGCACCCUAGGCAAAAGGAGACCUUUACAUAGCUCUAAGUGUGGGUCAUGACCAUCAUCCAUCUAAAAACUACUUGUCAUUGACUGGUACAUGAUGACAUACAAUACAGAAGUUGAGAGUAUUUAAAAACUUUUAUAGCAAUUUUGACAGAGUUAUUUGUAUCUGUUGAAUCUAGUAUUAAAAAAAGAGGUGGUAUUUUACAUCUUCCAUUUUUUUUCUCAUUACAUCUUUGUAGUCAUUUUUAUUGCAUUUUACAAAAAUAUUAAUCCAUAAUAGAUUUGAAAUUUAAAAUAACUGGUCCUUUUCCUCAGAUAGUUUGAGAAACACACGCUAAAGAUGCACUGUCCAAUCUGGUAGUCACUAGCCACAUAUAGCUAAAUUUAAAUUUAAAAUGUAGUUCCUCAGUUGCACCAGGCACAUUUCAAGUGCUCAAUAGCCACACAUGAACAGUGGCUACCAUAUUGGACAGCAAAUACAUAGAACAUUUUCAUCAUCACAGAAAGUUCUAUUGGAAAGUGCUGUUAUAGAGACUUUUAUCUAUCUCCUGCCUAGGUUCUACUAUUUAAAAUUUAAUGUAAGUAAGCAUCUAAAGGCACAUUUGAGCCUAUUUUCUU